UAUGGCUUAGAAGGCGAUAAAUUUAUAACUUCUGCUUUCUAUUAUUUUAGGUAGUACAAAGACUAACAGUAACACAAAGCAGGAAUCAACCUCUUCCAUCCAGAAAUCACCUCUGGAAAUUUCAAACAAAGCAUUCAUGGCAUCAAAACGUCACACAUCUGUUUCUAGCAAUCUCAAGUCUUUUAGUUUUUGUGAUCUAAAAAAUGCCACCCAAAACUCCCGGUCAGAAACGCUUCUUGGAGAAUGAGAGUUUGGUUGUGUUUUUGAAGGUUUGACUGAUGAGAACACUUUUGCUCCUACCAAGCGGGGAACUGGAAUCGUUGUAGCUAUCAAAAGACUCAGGGCGGAAAGCUUUCAAGGCCACUAGGAAUGGCUUGUAUUUACUCUUGUUUAUAAGUUUCAUUUCCUCUUUUCAGUUUUUCUAUUUCAUAAGUGAACCUCAGUCCAUUCCUAUCAACUUGUAGGCGGAAGUUAACUAUUUGGUCAGCUCCACCACAAAAAUCUUGUGAAACUCAUUGGUUAUUGUGCAGAUGAGUUUAUGCCAAAGGGAAGUUUGGAGAAUCAUUUAUUUAAAAGAGAUGGUACAACUGGUGAUAACACCCAUGUUUCAACCAGAGUCGUUGGAACCCAAAGUUAUACAGCCCUGGAAUAUGUAGAAACAGGUUGUUUUACCCGAAAGAAUGAUGUGUACAGCUUUUGUGCUGUACUAUUAGAGUUACUUUCGGGACGACGGGCAAUGGAUGAUGCGAGAGCUGGGUUUAAGGAAGAAACACUAGUGGAAUGGGGCAAAACCAUUCCUAAAUGACAACAAAAAAAUGUUAAAGAUAAUGGGCAAAAGGUUAGGGGCGAGUACUCUAAGAAAGAAGCACAAGCUGUCUAUCAUGGUCAGGCCUGGUGUGCCUCGAUCUUGCCGUGACUGAUUCUGAGCUG